ACUGAUGCCCCCAACCAUGCUUGAUGCGCAUCAAAAUGAUGUCAAUGCUGGAAGUUGGCAUUGAAAUCAAUAUUGAGACAACGCAGUACGGUAGCAAAAACACUGAAUCGUCCAACCCAAAUAAUUUCGUCGCGGUAAAGAGCCUUCAAGAAAUGCCUGCUUCGGAGGAUGUAACUCAAGCCCAACUUUCUUCUCUGGAUGAUACAGACUGCUAUGCUUCCGUUUGGGAGCAGAUUCUUGCCGAGCAGCGAGACGAAGAGUCUUCACAAUCCGCACGCUCCUACAAUUUGUGGGGCGGAAAAGGAAAAGGUGGUCGGGGGCUUGCUCGGAAGACAAUCCAGCCGCAUAAUGUGGUUGUGGAAGAUGUUCGAUUGAAAUACCUCUUGGGAGACACUUGCUUGGAGGGAGCCACAAUCAAAUUAUUGCACAACCAUGUAUAUUGCUUGGUCGGACGAAAUGGAUGUGGCAAGUCCACGUUAUUGAAAAAGAUGCAUUCGCAAACAAUACCUGGAUGGAGUGUCAGAUGGUCAUCUUUGUAUCUGCCGCCCACUCUACCCCCCGGAUAUCUACAAUUGACUCCAAUGCAGGUCGUGACAAAAUAUCUCGAAGAAUGCAAGAAAGAUUCUCGGCUGGCAACAGAGUCACAAAUAAGUGAGUUGGAAGACCGCAUUGAUUGCCUGGAUUUAGAAAACGAACAAGAAAAAAUGGAAAUUUUGUGUGAAGAGCUUUCCUCACUCGAAGAUAAACUGAAUUUCGAAGACUCGCUGCUGAAAAAACAACGAAAGGAUCUAUUUGAAGAGCUUGGCAUCGAUGAAAUCAAAUUGUGCGAAGAAUUGCAGCCGGUCCAACAAAAAGAAGUAUUGCUCUGUGCAGCUUGUAUCUGCUGCCCAUUCGUGAAUCUAUUACUGAUGGACGAGCCAACCAAUGAUCUAGAUGUCCACGGGCUGAUUCGACUCCGACAGUUGAUAGUAGACAAUUUUGCUCAUUCUACCACAGUAUUGAUUGUGUCGCACGAUAUUGAUCUAAUUAAUGAUGUCGCAACAGAUAUAAUUGAUAUGUGCGCUCAGAAACUUUGGUAUUUUCCUGGCAACUAUGACUCCUACCGACUGAUGAAAGAUCAAAAAGAAUCUCAUUUUCUAAAACAAUCUCAAGCCAUGGAAAGGAAAAACAGUGAACUUCACAGCACUCUUCAACACUUGAAAGACAAGCCAGUACCGAAACGGCGAGGAGGUGCGAAGAAAAAAGCAAAGUCAGUUCAAAGUCAUCGUAAAAAGAUCGAGAAACACGUGAAAGAUAUGCAAAUACUGGAAUCAUCUGCAGACAUCCCAAUGGAUAGGAAAGGCCUUAGUUUAACGCAGAGAUUGAAAUUAAACGAAAUUACCAAAACUGCUCCGGACAAAGCAGUGCACUUCGCGUAAGUUAUCAUGCCAUUCUCCGGUGAUUAUUUUGCGUCUUUGUAUCAGAAGAUUCUUAUUCUCUGUUUCGUUUUGUCCAAUCCUUUCCCUUUUAGGCUGCCGAAGGUGACCUCUCAAUGGGGAGAGCCACUAAUAACAGCAUUUGAUGUUGGAUAUGGUACAAAGGAAGAUUUUUCGAGUACAAAGCCUAAGGAAUCUCAACUUUGCAAUGCUGAUGUCGCUAUCGAAAAGCGAGAUGGAUUCCUGUUCGAUUGUGUAGAUUUGUGCAUUGAAGAAGGAUCGCAAACCUGUAUUUUAGGCCCUGGCACAUCCACUUCCUAUUUGAUGAAGAUACUAGCAAAGAAACUUGCGCCUACCGAAGGCACAGUGCAUCAUUCUUCGGGGCUCACCAUUGGCUAUUGCGACUGUCGUGAGUUGAAAGACAAAAUUUCUAGCAUUGGCCCCGCCAUGACGGCGUUGAAAUACCUUUCCACUCGGUAUCCAAAGAAGAACGAGACAGAUCUUCGCAGUCACUUAGCAGCUUUCGGUCUUUCUCAGACAAGUCAGGCCAAAACUUCUCUCUCUUGCUUGAGUGGAGGUGAAAGCUUUCGUUUUGUGCUGGCGGAAAUCAUGUUGGAGAAUCCUCCAAUCUUGUUUCUCGAGCAUCCUACGUCACACUUAGAUGCAGAAAGUGUCCAGGCAUUCGCAUACAGUUUGCGAGAAUGGAAUGGUACUUUGAUAAUGCUUUGUCAAGAUGCCAGCUUCUUGAGAUCAUUGGAACGCGUGAAAUGCCUGGUGAUCAUGCCGGAAGAAGGCAAGAUACGAAGAAUUAUUGACGAUGAUAGAGGUGGUAUGAGAGGGAUGGAUGCAUAUCUGAAAACUUUAAGUCGAAGUAUUGACAAGAGCAGAUUUUAUAAUCAGUGCUGAAUUGCAGAUAUUUUUUCCAAAAUAGAACGGUUUCUUUCAC